UAAAAUCAAGAGUUCUUUAUGAAAUGUAGAUUGAAUAAUAGAUUUUUUCAUAAAAAAUUUAGACUGAAAUUAUUGCUGUAGUCAUGGAGAAUGAAACGUGCAUGGAAUAUUUAUUUCAUAGUAUAGAAAGCAAUCAUGCAAAUAAUAUCAACCAAGAUAUAUUAUUCAAUGCGUCAAAUGAGUUUCGCAAUGUAUGGAAUCUCGUAAAAAAGUUGCGGGAUCUAGCACGUGUGGAUGUAAAGAAAAUUACGAAUUUCCUAGAUGCAGUUCAGGACGGUUUAGAAAAUGGUACUUGGAGUGCGGCGAUCAGAAUCUGUUUGCAGGCUGAUAAUGAAUACAGACACAUUAGGCGCUAUAUCCGACCAUCAUUUCUUGAUGACUUUAAAGUUUCACUAUUCAUAGAAGAUGCACACCAUGGCAAAUGCUCGGCAACAAAACGAGAAAAAAAACAUGCUACUGCUUCCACCACUAAUGGUAUUCGUAAACAAAACUUUCGAAACAAACAGAUAAAUAAACAAAAUCCUUUGACUAAUCAUGCAGGAGGGCAUGUUGAAAAUGAGCACAGUGAAAAGAAAACGGCUUUAAAGAAAGAGAAGGCAGAAGAAUUAAAGGAUAAGCCAACCGCAAAUAAAAUUAAAAGCAAUGAGACGGAAUCGGCAAAUAUGAAUUCAAAACCUGGCGAUGGAAAAACUAUCGAGGCUAAAAAAGACAAAGGGAACGUUAAAAAUAACAAAAGUAAAAGAGAUGAUUCAGACGAAACUUCCAGUCGAUGCGGACCUAAGUCUGUGAAUCAUAAAUCAGACUCAUCAGAAACAGAUUGUCCUAAAAGUUUAGAAAAUGAUGAUAACACUGAGCAUAGUCAAGCAAAAGACAAAGAAAAUAUAGUUUUGAAUAAAUCAGAUAGAAAUAUUUUUAACAGAGAAGAUGGCGAUGGUAGCGACAGUAAAUUCCAAAAAGAAAAUAAAAAUAAAGGUGCGUCAGACAAUAAUGAUAUUUUUAAAGAGAUAAAUCAAGAAGAUAAGACUGCAGAUACAGCUAGUCAUACUGACGAAUCUGGCUUUAAAUUGGCAGAACCAGACAAAGAAACAAAUGAAAGUAAAGAUACUAAAGGACAGAAAGAUGAAAAUGAUUUCGUCGCGAACGAAAUUUCAGAGAAACACAGUGGUAGUACCAAUGCGCAAGAACUUAAUGCAUCAACAGGAGUGAAAUUGGAAAAUGAUAGUAAAAGCAAAGAGAAAACUGACAAUAGAGAAGACGACAUGCCUUACACAAUAGAAUCUACAAAGAUAGUAAGGGAGCAGAUGACUCGUAUAAGCUUCAAAUGCAAACAAGAUGAAAUAAUAACAGAGCUAAAUCAUGUAUAUGACACAGACUGGAAUCAUGCUUACACGGCACUGACUGGAUGCAAACCUUCUAAUGGCAUUAAAAACACCAUUGACUUCCUCGGUGAAAUUCUGAAGAUAUCAGCAAGUGAUGUGAGAAAAGCUAUUGAGACGACGGUAGCUUUAACAGAUGAUACAGUAUCAAUUCAGGAGAAAUUACAGAAAUUAAAGACGGAAUUUUUGUCACGACAUCUAAAGGAGCUACAGAAGGAACACAGCAUUGUGUACCAUAAUGGAAUGGACGAUGAAAAUGUCGUCAAUCUAUACUCGGCCAAGUGUGUGGAACUGUCGUGGUUCAUGCUCACGCGAAGUCCACCGAUGGUGUUUGACUAUGAUUCAAGACCUAUGUUGCUUGAAGAUCUUUUAGAAAUAUUUAAGCCAUACAAGAAUGAAGGCCAUUGUAUACACUAUAUUGUGUGGCCUGCAAUAAGGCGUUCUAAACAUGAUGCAGUUGUUGCACAGGGUAUAGCCGAAUUCAGAUAGUGACCAUAGAAGUAACUCUUAUAAUCACAGUUUUUACUAAAUUGAUAACAAAUUUGAAGUAAGAUAACAAUUUAUAUAUAGUUGAUUCCAAGUGGAAUUGACAAACAUCAAUAUAACAUUUUACUAAAAUUGAACGGACAACCAUCUAUAUAACAUUUUACUGAAAUAGAACAGAUAUAACAUUUUUGAGAACGGCGGAGGAGAAUGAUAUUUAAAUAUUUGUGCUUUUUGCUGAUAGUGUAUUCUGGUCGCUUGUUGUUGUUGUU